AUGUGGAUGGGUUUGGUACCACUAGGUCGUUUGGAAGACUAUUGGUCACAAAAUGGAGUCUACAACAUGACAAUUCCACGAAAUCGUUUUCAGAUAUUACUAACUAUGCUUCAUUUUGAUAAAAAUGAAACGAGCGAUACCAGUAACAGGCUGCGAAAAAUACAGCACCUAGUUGACAUGCUACAACAAAAGUUCAAAGCCCUAUUUUACCCGGGAGAAGAUUUCGUUAUAGAUGAAACUCUUGUUCCAUGGAGAGGGCGCCUAAUUUUCAGGCAAUAUAUUCCAAAUAAAUCCCAUCGUUAUGGAGUCAAACUGUUCAAGCUGUGUUCAGUUGAUGGAUAUACAUGGGGUCUUAAAGUCUAUACUGGAAAGUCUGCAUCUGGAGAGCGUGAAACCGGAUUAGUAAAAAGUGUGUGUUUGGAACUAGCGGAAUUACUUCUCAAUCAAGGCAGAACUCUCUAUAUAGACAAUUUUUAUACUAGUUAUGAUUUGGUAAAGUGUUUGCUAGAUAAAAAAACGCAUGUUGUUGGAACACUAAGAGCAAAUAAAAGAGAUAUCCCAAAGGAAGUCCUCCAAGCAAACUUAAAGAAAGGAGAAAUGAUUUCCAGAGAAGACGAGAAUGGCAUUGUUGUGUUAAAAUGGAAGGACACCCGUGAUGUUCGGAUAUUGAGCACAAAACAUGCACCUAUAUUUGUUCCAGUUGCACCUAGGAAAAAACGAGCAUUGCAAAUGGAGCAAGGGAAAAAUACAAAUCAACAUGCUGCAACUACUUCAACAAGCCAAAGCCUUCUACAAAGCAUGCCAUCAACCAGCGCAAAUCAAUUUGCAGUCAUACCCUCAACCAACUUAUUAUCUGAACAACCAUCUACCAGCACAAAAACAAAUAGACAAUAUCGAAGGGCUUUAGAAAAACCUGAAGCCAUAUUGGCAUACAAUAAAGGCAAAGCUGGCAUAGAUUUGUCAGAUCAGAUGGGGGCUUAUGCCACAACACUAAGAAAAGGUGUUAAGUGGUACAGAAAACUAGGAUUAGAAUUGUUGUUAGGCGUUGCAGUAGUUAACGCAUGGGUUGUAUAUCGACAUGUAACAAAAUCCAAAAUGAAAAUUCGUAAAUUUAGAGAGAGAUUAGUUUUCCAGUUGCUUGGUAUGGCUAUAGAUCCUGAUCGUAAUGAGCAAACAAGUAAAAAAACGCACCACCUGAUUGAUAGGAUCCAUGAAAAUGGUAAAAAGGUACGACGUAAAUGCCAUAUAUGCUAUAUCAAUAUUUCUAAGACAGAGGGUCGUGAACAAGCCAGAAAAAAAGCAAAACUAACUUCCACAUACUGUGACAAUUGUCCUGACCAGCCUCAAAUGUGUCGUAAUUGCUUCAAUGCUAAACACUGA